AUAGAUUUAUACACCGCACGAUAUGCCUCUUUCAUUUCUUCUAUUAUUCAUUCGAUCGUUACAUUGAUCUUCCCAACGGGGCAAAUAAUUCCUACCAAAUUGAAGAGCAUUUGCAACGACCCGCAUGUCUCGGGCGUUAAAAACCUCGUCAGACGCCGGAGUCUUAUCACUUUCCGAGGGUGAGGGGCGAGGGAGGGACGCAACCUCUGUCAGAGUAGUGGUCAGGCAGCCCCCAUCGCAGACAGACGCUCGGCGAAAGAGCGUGUAUUGAGAGCAAGUUGUGCGGAAAAUAUUACUGAUAUUUACAUCGAUGCUGAUUGCAAUGGACCUUUUGUCACACCAGUGACAGCUCUUUGAUUUGAUGGGAGAUACAGUUUAUGACAUAUGAAGAGACUGUGAAACAGUGUAGAAAUUGCCAUUCAACGACUUUUAAUCCUUGUCACAUGACAGAGGUGUGCGUUUCAGUGAAACAGGCAUUUGAGGAUUUAAAGAGCCGGAUUGAUAAGUGAGCCAAUCAACUUCAGUACCGGAUUGGAAUUUACAAGUUUUCGGAUCAAUUGACGCAAUGAGAACAGCCAUUGACAGCCGAUCGCUUCUAUAAACAUAUACCCAUGUUAUUAGCACCGGGGAGAUUGACGGCAAUAAACUAUUGUCAUUGACUGGGCUUGUCAUUAGCAGCAAUUACCACGGUGAUGACAAAGACAAUGGGCGAUCAGCUGACUGCAGGUUGGUAAACAGUCGCUAAUUAUGCAAUAACCCGGAAAUACUCUCCCGGUCGACCUCGUGGGGAUUAAAGCGGAUUAGUUCAAAGAGGCGGGGCAUUCGGUUUUCCUCGGCGGGGCUUAUCACACCACCAGCACUCUUUACCCUAAACAUACUGAGUUUGUUUAUCAUUUAUGCUGAGACUCUCAUUGGAGAUACUUGAGGAGGGUUACCAAUUGUUGUUGAAACUUACCUGACAAGGAGAUGGUUUCAUUCGGAUUUGGAACAUGUUGAUGUGACAUUGCAGUAAUUAACUCUAAGUGCUUACUGGUAUUUGAGGACCUGUGAAGACUUUUACGAGUUGGAUCUUCGUUUGGCUUGGACCAGAUUUCAUUUACGUGCGUGAUCUUUGAAGAAACUUCACAAUGUAUUGCACCAUGGAACCCCAGGCGUUGGCGUCCUACCCGGUAAUAUUCAACGGUAACAAGUUGUACACCACCCCCAGGACUUGGCACCCCCACAUCUACGAGAACCCACCCAGGCAGCCUACGUCUUUCUUCAUAGCCGAUAUCCUGGGUCUGAGGGAGGAGAGGGGGAGCAUGUGUUCCACCAGCCCUGGGGGUCUGUCUCCUGCCUCACCCCUCGAACACCUGUCCCGGCAUCGAGUCAGCCCCACCCAUAACCGCACCCCUGACAGUGAGGAUGAGGGGGUUCAUCACCGUGGGGACAUGAGUGACCGUCUUUCGUCCAGUUCGCCGAAAACAGACGAUGGUUCUCAGGGCGAAAAGAGGAAGAAAUCUGGCGACGAGAGCGACGAUAAGGACAGCGGCCAACCACAGAAGAAGAAGAAAGCGAGGACGACAUUCACAGGACGCCAGAUCUUUGAGCUGGAGAAGCAAUUUGAGCAGAAGAAGUACUUAUCCUCAGCCGAGAGAGCAGAAAUGGCAACACUACUUAAUGUUACAGAAACACAGGUGAAGAUCUGGUUCCAGAACAGAAGAACAAAAUGGAAGAAACAGGAAAAUAUAUCGAGUGCCGAGGCCGCCGAACAUAAACUGAACGCCGAGAAAAACUUGUUGAAGAACAUGAAAUGUAAGAAGGUUACGGAUAAAGACGAAAGCAUCCAAGACGAAAUUCAAGAUGGCGACCGUUUGACCAAGACAGAAUCGGACUCAUUGUCGGCCUCUGACGUCGUUGAUGGUCGUGUGCAAAAUUUAGACAGUUCCGCUUCAAAUUGUGACACAGCUCCUAGUGUGUUAAAUCUCUCGUCACCUGAAGAAGAAAAGACAAUAAAAAUUGAAGAAACAACAGAAAUGAAAUUGGAACGUGUGCCAGUGUUGCCUUGUUAUGACACAGUGGCCGUGACAGCCCAGUGACCCUGAUCUUGGCUUUGAUAAGGGUAAACAACGAUAUCUCACAUCCAACCAGACGUUUUUCCAUAUGGUCGAGAUUGGUGCCAUCAACCUCAUUUCACUAUUCACAUAUACAUGACUGUGAAAUUAACGAUGGGUUAAGUACCGACUACUUUCCAAGACUUCGUGCAUCUUGUAUCGUUGCAUCAUAUUCCCAUUAUUGUGUUGAGCAGUAUUACGGAGACUAUGCUCACUCUUACAUCUCAUGGUUGUAUUGGUGCAAGUUAUUAUUAUGAUGUUGUGAAUAUAUUAUUACUAUUAUUAUCACACUUUAAAAGGGUGCAGUUUUAGCGUUUAUUGGAGACAAUCAGGGCCAGGGGUACGGCAUUAAAUAGGAAUGCGGGGUAGCCUAGUUUUCAUGCCACACGUCUUCACACCAAGAACUCUGGUUCGAUUCCACUUGAGUUCUAAAGUGUGAAGCCGUGUCUUUGUGUACACGCCGGGAUAUUGUUGAAAUUAAAAGAUUCGGCGUUAAACCCAAAUCGCUCUCUUUGGAAUCAAGUGAGCAUCUACGACCUGUCUUUUUCCGAAAUUAAGUUAACGCCCUCAUAUAACUGAAAUACUAUUCAAAAGAAGUUAAGGAUCACCCGAACCUUUAAUUUUACUAUAGUUAAAUCAGUCAUGGCAGAUUUACUAAGUAUAGUAAUAUGAAAGAGUAGGAAGGUAGUAUAAAACGUAAAAAUAUUUUGUUAAAGCUUUACACGAAUUAGAAUCACACGACAUUUGUAAAGCGACCCGAAAGUACUCAAAAGUUCUUCCUUUCAAAUCAUUGAUUUAUCCGGUUCAUAUCUAUGAAUUCUUUACUUAAAGUACAAAGGCAUUGAAGCGUCCGACUCGGUCAAUUACAAAUCAAAGUUUUAAUGAUUGUUGUCUCAAUCGUUGAAAUAGCUCCACCGUAGAUGAACUCGAAACUUACAGCACAAUACUGAUUUAUUGUGAUUGUCAAUAUAUGUCCCUCACGACUGUCGGCAACUGUUGUAUUUCAUUCCAAUUUUCACAGUGCUGGCUCCCAGUCAAGCGCAACAUGACACUCGUAUUGUUGUUCCUGAUAAUGCACACCAUCGUCAACUAUCACCACACCCUGUGUAGACUUGGAGGU